UUCUUUAUAUAUAUAUUAGAUUUUAUUACGGUUGUGUUUGCGUUCUCUUUUUCUCUCUCUCUCUCGCUCUUUGGUAUCUUGAUUGAGCUGAGAAAACCAGUCUCAAUGGGUAUCUUUCAAAAGUACUUAAAACAUUACAUACAACAAAGAACCAAUCUUAAAUCAAAGCUCACAUCUCUUCAGAUUUCGUGUAAUGAGAAAUCAAGAAAGAUUGGCACCAAAUUGUGCAAGUUUCUCGACAAUGUUAUAUGCAAAAGGCAGCUGCAGGUUGAAGGAAACUCGUCUAUUAAUGAAAAAGAUCGUUUCUCCACUCCCUUGAUGGUAGAACAACAGUUCUUCCCUUCAUUGAUUUCUGAUUCAGAAACCGGCGAUGGCCAUGGCAGCAUUAUCCCAACUUAUGUGUGUGAAAUCUGUGUUGAGCCAAAGCCAUUGGAUAUCUCUUUCAACAUCAAAGGUUGUUCCCAUUUUUACUGCAUUGAAUGCACAGUGAAGUACAUUAAAUCCAAGCUUGAUGAUAACGUGAGUCGGAUCCAAUGUCCGGUGACAGAUUGUGAAGGGGUGUUGGACCCAGAUUUUUGCCGUGAGAUACUGCCAAGGGAUUUGUUUAACAGGUGGGGAAAAGCCCUUUGUGAAUCUGCUUUGCUUGGCUCUGAAAAAUUAUAUUGUCCUUACAAAGAUUGCUCGGCAUUGUUGGUUAAUGAUGGGGAAAAGAGAAUUAAGAGAUUCCCAUGUCCACUGUGCAAGAGGGUAUUUUGUGUGCAGUGCAAGGUAGCUUGGCAUUCAGGUGCGGAUUGCAUCAAGUUUCAGAAACUUAAAAACCUUGGCUCAGAUGCUAUGUUGGUUGAUUUGGCCAAGAGAAAGAAGUGGAGGCAAUGCCCUAAUUGCAGCAUUUAUGUUGAAAAAUCAGCUGGUUGCUGUUAUGUUAAAUGCCGGUGUGGAAAUGCCUUCUGUUACAAUUGUGGAGCAAAAUCAAACAAGGCUACCCAUUUUUGCACUAAAUGUUAUCAUUAGUUCUUCAAUAAAACUAUAUAUGAAAUGUGCUUGUUGGGGGGUUUUAUUUGUAUGUGAAGAGGUGUAAUAAUUGGGUAAAGCUACCAUGAAGGCCCUUGUAAAUAAAAAAAUUAGCAAAUUAGUCAUUGUAUAUUAGAUCAAAAAGCAAAUUGGUUCUUCUUUCACUGUUCUUAUAUGCCAAUAUAAGGUACACGUGGCACGUCAUGUGUAAUUGUCUGGUUAUUUCGUCAGUCAGGCUAGUUUUUAAAAGUAAAAAUUUUAACAAAAAGAACCAAUUUACUUUUUGAUCUAAUGUACAGAUACUAAUUUAUCUAUUGUUUGAAUAAACAAGAAAAAAAUACAAUCUAACUCAUCUCUACUGUACUUUCACCUAAUAAUUGUAGUAGACUUUU